AUAAUAAUAAUAUUAGAUUUUUGGCGAACAAAUCAUAGAGAAAGUACCAAGUGCUUUUCUCCCCCAUCUUUCGAUUCGUUAGAGAGCAGGAACAACUACGGAGUUUUCUAAGAACUGUGGAUCUGCUCUGUUCUUGCUCGAAAAUCGCCACGAUAGCUAAUCAUGGCGUUCAUACGCCAUGGAUUGAGCAGGGCGGCCUUUAUUAUUUGUCUACUUGGUCUGCUUUUUGCAGGGUUUUGUCCGAUGCGUGCUACUGCUCUCUAUGAAGAUCAAGUUGGUGUCGUGGACUGGCAUCAGCAGCACAUAGGAAAAGUAAAAGAUGUAGUGUUCCACACCCAGCAAUCAGGGAGGAAGCGUGUCAUAGUGUCUACUGAGGAAAAUGCAGUUGCAUCACUUAAUUUGCGCAGAGGGGAGAUAUUUUGGAGACAUGUACUGGCAGAAUCAGAUAUUGUAGAUCACAUCGACAUUGCUCUUGGAAAAUAUGUCAUUACUCUAUCCAGUUCGGGAAGUAUUCUAAGAGCAUGGAACCUUCCUGAUGGUCAGAUGAUCUGGGAGUCAUUUUUGGAAGGUUCAGGUUCUUCUAAGUGCCUGUUAUCUGUACCUGUGGAUGCUAAAUAUGACAAGCAUAAUGCUAUUCUUGUUUAUAGUAGAGGGGGGUUGAAUGCUGUGUCAAGUAUGGAUGGGGAACUUCUUUGGAGAAGAGAGUUUUCUGCUGAAAGUGAGGAGGAAACUGAAGUCAGCAUUGAAAGUAUAUUUUUCUCUCCAGAUAGAGAAAGUAUUUAUGCAGUAGGAUUUAUUGGGAAAUCAGCUGUUGCUUCCUGGAUGGUAAAUCCCUUGAAUGGACAAAUCAUGAAACAUGAAGUGGCAACCUUUCCCAGAGAUCUAUCAUUAGAUAAAUUAAUUGUGAUGAAGAAUACAUUGGUUGCACUAGAUUCUGCAAGAUCAACUAUUGUUACUAGUAACAUAGCAAAGGGAGAGCUGGCACUGCAUCAGACAGCUAUUGCUACUAUUUUUGAAGAUUUUUCAUUUGAAGCAGAACUCCUUCCAUUAAAGUUCGUUGAUGCUUUUGCAUUGAGAGUGAAAUCACAUAUUUUACUGAUAAAAAUUGGAAAUUCUUGUAGUGAGCUACAUUUACUUGAGAAAGUUAGUGAACCGGCUGUUAUUAGUGAUAGCCUAUCUUUAUCACCAGAGCAGCAAGCUUUUGCAGUGGUGGGACAUCUAGAAAAUAACAAGGUUUCUCUUACUGUUAUACUUGAUAGUGAUGAAAAAAGUGAAGUAUUGAGGGAAACUAUAGUUCAAGAUUCCCAAAGAGGGCUUAUUAAAAAGGUUUUUAUAAAUACUUAUUUGCGUACAGAUAAGUCAUUUGGGUUUAGGGCCUUAGUAGUUGCAGAAGACCAUUCUCUUGCUUUAUUGCAACAGGGUGAGGUUGUCUGGAGUAGAGAGGAUGGACUUGCUUCUAUCAUAGAUACAACUACUGCAGAAUUACCUCUAGAGAGAGAUGGUGUUUCAGUUGCUGCAGUGGAGCAAAACUUGUUUAAGUGGUUGAAGGGCCAUUUGCUCAAAUUGAAGGCAACUUUGAUGCUUGCAAGUGUUGACGAUGUAGCUGUUAUACAAGAAAUGAGGUUGAAUAAUGCAGAGAAAUCAAAACUGACCAGGGAUCACAAUGGAUUUCGGAAGUUAUUGAUAGUACUAACAAAAGCAGGAAAACUUUUGGCCCUUCACAGUGGAGAUGGUCACAUUGUAUGGUCACUCUUGCUGCCUGCUUUCCGAAAGUCAGAAGAAUGUCAAGCUCCUUCGGUGGUGGAAAUUUUUCCAUGGCAGGUGCCUCAUCAGCAUGCUUUAGAUGAGAACCCUGUGGUUCUAAUAGUUGGGAAAUGUGAUGUAGGAUCUAAUGCUUUGGGAAUUCUCUCAUUUGUGGAUUCUCGCACUGGGAAAGAAGUGGAGUCAUAUAGCCUAUCCUAUUCCAUAUCUCAAGUAAUUCCUCUGCCAAUGACAGACUCAGCUGAGCGACGACUACAUCUUUUGGUUGAUAAUAAUGCAAGGGUGCACUUAUUUCCCAGAACUUCUGAAGCACUGUCCAUUUUCCUUAAGCAGAAGUCAGAUAUCUAUGUAUAUUUUGUUGAUGUGGAAAAAGGAUCAAUUCGCGGCUAUGGCAUUGAUGACCAUGACAUCCAAGAUAAGGAGUUUAAGGAUUAUUGCUUUAAAACUAGAGAACUGUGGUCUAUAUUAUUCCCCCGUGAUUCAGAGAAAAUUCUGGCCACUGCAACUAAGAAGUCAGAUGAGGUGGUUCACACACAAGCAAAGGUGCUAACUGAUCAGGAGGUAUUGUACAAACAUGUCAGCAAGAACAUGCUGUUUGUUGCCACUGUUGCACCUAAAGCAGCUGGUUCUGUAGGGUCAGUCACACCAGAGGAGGCUUUGUUGGUGGCCUAUCUAAUAGAUACAGUCACAGGACGAGUACUAUAUCGAGUUACUCACCAAGGAAUGCAGGGACCCGUUCAUGCUGUCUUCAGUGAAAAUUGGGUUGUCUACCACUAUUUUAAUCUCAAGGCCCAUCGGUACGAAAUGUCAGUCAUCGAAAUAUAUGAUCAAUCUCGUGCGAACACUAAAAAUGUCAUAGAUCUUAUGCUUGGACGCCAUAACCUUACUGCCCCGAUUUCUUCAUAUUCCUAUGUUGAUGUUGAGGUGAAAUUACAAAGUUAUUUUUUCAGCCAGUCAGUGAAAACAGUAGCAGUAACAUCAACUGCGAAGGGUAUAACACCUAAGCAAGUUCUUAUUGGAACAAUCAGUGAUCAGGUUUUGGCACUUGACAAGCGUUUCUUUGAUCCUCGUCGUACUUUAAAUCCUACACCUGCAGAGAGGGAAGAUGGUAUUUUACCCCUCGCUGAUGCAAUACCAGUUUUCCCCCAGUCAUAUAUUUCACAUUCUCUUCAAGUGGAAGGUUUGCGAGGCAUCAUGACCAUUCCUGCUAGCCUUGAGUCUACAAGUUUAGUUUUUGUAUAUGGGGUUGAUCUCUUCUACACAAGGACAGCACCUUCUCGUACAUAUGAUUCUCUGACAGAAGAUUUUAAUUAUGCUCUUCUUCUCAUAACCAUUCUUGCCCUUGUGGUAGCAAUUGGUGUAACAUGGAUGUUAGCUGAACAGAAAGAGCUAAAAGAGAAGUGGAGAUGAGAAAGAACAAAAAGAGAGUUUGAGAUGGCACCAAUGUGACUCUCGUUGCAGUUUUGUUUGUUGUAAGUUGUAACAAUUAUUGUUAAGAAUCUCUGUAUGGGAUUGUAGAUCAAAUCAUGCAUUUAGCAAAACUAUUUCUUGAAUCUUGCCAUUUGAAAAUUUUGACAUUGGGCUUCUCUCUACUAUUAAUUGGCAAUUUUCAUACUCAAUGUUAUUUAUGUCAUGGGAACUGCAGAAGGAUGAGUUUGGAGACACAGUAUUUAGGCCUUCAAGCUGAUGGUAUUUUAAUUUU